AUGGACUGGAAAAAUGCGGGUCGCAGAAGAGAAGAAACCUCACGAAGCCUAUACGAAGAAGAUCUUUCUGAUGGACCACUUAUGAACAAGGAACCAUCUUCCCUCGACGAUUCUCGCCGAUUCGCGAAAAGAAUAAUCGCCAUCGGGAUUUCUGAAAUCUGUAGAAGAAGAUUGGCCAUUCCAGAUGAGGAGUUCCUCGUCCGAUGUGCCAGUUAUCGUGGAACGAUAGUCAAGGUGUUGCAUCCAUUUAUAGAGGGCAAAGAUAGGAGAACGAAUCGAGUAAGGAGAUGGCUACGAACGAUUUUAGACUUGACCGAAAAGGACUGGCUGGAAAGCGUUUCUUUAGUGAUUUGCAAAGAGAAGUGCCGCCGAUGUGCAUUGAAUCGAUGGAGGGACACGCAUUGUGCCAAAUGCACCACUGAGAAUCCAACGGAAGUCUAUAAUUUCCAGGUGGAAAAGUCUCUCUCGGGUGAAGUCAACGAGCAAGGGAUCAUCGAUGAUGUUCGGGUCGAGUUAACGAAAAUUAGCGACAAGAUGGUGUUUCAAAAUUCCACACAAGAGCUUAUCGAAGGAAUCAAAAACAAAAACUUCACUUGUUACCCGCCAGGAACAAAACUAUACUAUGCGAUACGUUUAACCUUGAACAAGAAUGCGCCAGCCGUUUACAACGAUGAUCUGGGUGAUCUCUGUGACCAUGGCUGGCUCAACGGGUCAAAGCUCAGGAGAGUCAAAAAUCCUUGCACCCCUCUUUCAUAUAAAGUCAAGACAAGAAUGGAGAGUAGUGACGACGAAUUUUAUGGCUACGAUGAUGAUGAUGACAUGGAGAUCGGACCAGAUGCUCAAGAUGCGAUCGACCAGAUGUCUGAUUCUGACGAAGAAGUUGCCGUGCCAGCUCCUGCUCCUGUCAAUCCGGUGGGACGAAGGGAACGACGCGACUCGGACAACAACUACUUUGCUGAAUACGACGAUAACGGCUACCGAGUCCCGCGGCGAGAGCUUAGAGGUGGAACCUUGACGAGUGCUCCAAAUCAGAAUUAUCGCUCUUCGCAUUCUCCUUCCCGGGAAGCUAACAAGGAGAACUUGGACAGGUCUGUCAAGGAACAUGCCGCGAAAACCAUCGAUCAGAUCGACCAGGGCAUGAAGUUAGCCACGAUUACUUACAAAAACAGUAUAUCUUACAAACUUGAUCUAGAUAAUAUCGGAAUUGCGCAAAUUCCCGAAAUGAUCUACAACUAUCAAGUCCAGCUCGACUUCGAUCUCUUAGACGACUUCGAAGAAAAGCUGCUUAGCGACCCAUCGGGCAUCAAGGCCGAUAUGGUUGCGAACGGCCUGAUGACCUGCUCGGAGGAUGAUAAGUUGGAAAAUUUUCUUUUCGCGAAGCAUGAGAACAACGAAAUAAUCGCCGUAAACCAGUCGAAAUACAAGAAGUUCAAGAAGGGAAUUACGAAGAAAGCCGUCAAAGAGCUGAAAGAAACGGAGUGGAAGCUACCAGAAGAAAAGAUCAAAGAAUGCGUUGAUGCUGUCAAAGUGAUUUCCGGCGAGGUACUUCGCGCGAAGCAUAUCAGUAACAUUUACAAAAACCGCUCGAAUUUCCCCAUCGACAAAUUAGAUGAGGAACUUGAUCGUCGGGAAGACAUUUUCGAAGCUGAUGUAGACGCUGAGGGCGCUGAGACAAUGGCUCGCUUCACAAACAGCAUGAAGCAAUAUCGACAUCUCUUCAGAAACUACCUGGGAGACCAGGAUAGCGAGGACGACGAUCUUGUUAUGGAGGAGGAGGAUUUGGUUUCCAAAUGCCCGAUUUCGAAGACACCCAUUCGAAUGGCUGCCAGAACAACGUGCAAGCAUAUCUUCGACUAUAACUCUUUGAUCAAUAUUUACGAGCAGAAAUUCGGAAAAAGAAUCAAAGACAGACCAGAAGUAUGCCCUCAGCCCGGCUGCCAGGCUGAAUUUACGAAGCUCGAUAUCCGCAAGGACGAAAUCUACCAACGAAAGCUUGACCUCGCCCGUGAAAAUGGAGAAAUCGAUUAA